AUGUUGUUUGGACAGUUUAUAUUCGUGGAAGAGUAUGAACCUACUAAAGCGGAUUCUUAUCGCAAAAAGGUUGUUCUUGACGGAGAAGAAUGCUCCAUCGAUAUACUAGACACAGCCGGUCAGGAAGACUACUCUGCUAUAAGAGACAACUAUUACCGCAGCGGUGAGGGGUUCAUAUGUGUUUUCUCAAUAACGGAUGCUGAAUCAUUUGAUGCUACGAAUGAGUUCAGGGAGCAGAUUCUAAGAGUGAAAAAUUCAACAGAUUCAUCGAUUCCACUGAUGCUAGUGGGAAAUAAGGCAGACCUGAGCGCUGAACGUUGUGUUAGUCAACUUCAAGCUCAGCAAAGAGCCGAACAGUGGGGUGUGCCGUAUGUAGAAACGUCAGCCAAGAAUCGUACCAAUGUUGAUAAGGUGUUUUAUGAUUUAAUGCGGGAAAUUAAGAGACGAAAGGGUGGAACGAUGAAUGCUAAUGAUGCUGGAAAUUUGACGGCGCGUGUGAAGCUUCGUAAGAAGAAGAAGUGCGUGAUUCUGUGA